UCGUGUGAUCCUUUUAAAAUAAUUCAAGGAUGGACCAGUGGAAAUAAUAAUAUCGAUGAUUGCAUUAGAGAGUUUCAACUUAAAAGUUCAAGCUACGAAAGCGUGAUUGAGUGGAUUCCAUUUGAUAAGUUAUCUAACAUACAAAAAAUAGAAGAAUUAAAAUUUUAUGCGCAAUGGUUAGAUGGAAUUCGAAGGAUUAAAAAUAAUGUACAGUCACGUACAGCAUCAUAUACUGUCACACUAAUGAAAUUCAAUUUUUCACAAGUUGACGCAUUAGAAUUUAUAAAAAAUGAUGAAAAGCAUAUACUUUACGGAAUAACACAGGAUACAAUAACCGGUCAAUAUAUGAUUGUAUUUGAUGACUUUUAUUACAAAAGGGAUAUUAAAUAUGGAAAAUGUACACAGUGCGAAAGAUAUAAUACUACAAAAGCCUGGUGUCAAUCAUGUGACCCUUUUAAAACAACUCAAGGAUGGACUAGUGGAAAUAAAGAUAUCGAUGACUGCAUUAGAGAGUUUCAACUUAAAAGUACAAGCUACGAAGGUGUAAUUGAGUGGAUUCCAUAUAAUAGGUUGUCUAACUUACACAAAAUUGGAUCAAAUUUUCAAGCAUUAUGGUUAGAUGAAAUACGAAAAGUCGAAAAUAAUACACGGUCACAUACAACAUCUCAUCCUGUUGAAAUUAAGAAAUUUAAUAAUUCACAAAUCGACACUUUAGAAUUUAUAAAAGAAUUCAAAAAUUAUGUACAAUUGAAGAAUUAUGGACGUAAAAUAUUUGGAAUAACACAGGAUACAACAACUAAUCAAUAUAUGAUUGUAUUUGAUGACUAUUAUUAUAAUAGGAGUUAUAUAUAUGGAAAAUGUACACAGUGCGAAAGAAAUAAUACUUCAGAAGCCUGGUGUCAAUCUUGUGACCCUUUUAAAACAACUCAAGGAUGGACAAGUGGAAAUAAUGAUAUCGAUGAUUGUGUUAAAGAGUUUCAACUUAAAUGUACAAGACAUGAAGAUGUAAUUGAGUGGAUUCCAUUCAAUAGGUUAUCUGACUUGCAAAAAAUCGGAUUAAAUUUUAAGGCAUUAUGGUUAGAUGGAAUACGAGUUGUCAAAAAUAACAUAAAGUCACGUUUAUUGGUACAUGCAGUUGAACUUAGAAAUCUCAAUGAUUCACAAAUAACUACAUUAGAAUUUAUACAUAAAUUUAAAAAUUAUAUGCAAUUGAUAGACAUUAAACUUAAGUUUUACGGAAUAACAAAAAACACAACUGAUCAAUAUAUGGUUGUAUAUAAUGAAUUAUAUUAUGAAAGACACAUUACAUAUGGAAAAUGUGAACAUUGCAAUAGAUAUAAUACUUCGAAUGCCUGGUGUCUAUCAUGUGACCCUUUUAAAACAACUCAAGGAUGGACUAGUGGAAACAAGGAUAUCGACAACUGUAUUAAAGAGUUUCAACUUGAAAGUACAAGAUACCAAAGUGUAAUUGAGUGGAUUCCCUAUAAUAGGUUAUCUGACUUACACAAAAUCGGAUUAAAUUUUCAAGCAUUGUGGUUAGACGGAAUGCGAAUUGUCCAUGAUAACAGACAGUUACGUACAUUGUCUUAUCCAGUUAUAGUUAAGAAAUUUAAUAAUUCCCAAAUUGGCACAUUAGAGUUUAUAAAAGAAUUCAAAAAUUACGCGCAAUUGGAUAGUUAUGGAUGUAAAAUAUUUGGAAUAACACAGGAUACAACGACAGAUCAAUACAUGAUUGUAUUUAGUGACUAUUCUUAUGAAAGGAGUCAUAUAUAUGGAAAAUGUACACGGUGUGAGAGAUACAAUACUUCAGAAGCCUGGUGUCAAUCAUGUGACCCCUUUGAAACAGCUCAAGGAUGGACUAGUGGGAAUAUAGCUAUUGAUAAUUGCAUUAGAAAUUUUCAACUUGAAAGUGAAAGAUAUGAAAACGUAAUUGAGUGGAUUCCGUUUAAUAGGUUAUCUAAUUUGCAAAAAGUAGGAUUAAACUUUCAAGGAUUGUGGGUAGAUGGAAUACGAUUUGUUAAAAAGAAUAUACAAUCACGUACAUUAUCCUAUCCGGUUGAAAUUAAGAAGUUUGAUAAUUCACAAAUCGACACUUUAGAAUUGGAUAAUUUACAAAUCGAGACAUUCGAUUUUAUAAUGUUAAAAGAUUAUAUAAAUUCAAUAGAUAGUGAACAAAAACUAUUCGGAAUAACACAGGAUACAACAACCAGUGAAUAUUUAUUUGUAUUUGAUUAUUUUCAUUGCAAAAGGGACAUCAAAUAUGGAAUAUGUACACAGUGCGAUGGAUAUAAUACUCUACAAGCCUGGUGUCAGUUUUGUGAUCCUUUUAAAACAACUCAAGGAUGGACUAGUGGAAAUAAGGAUAUCGAUGACUAUAUUAAAGAGUUUCAACUUAAAAGUGCAAGCUAUGAAAAUGUAGUUGAGUGGAUUCCAUUUAAUAGGUUAUCCGACUUGCACAAAAUCGGAUUAAAUUUUCAAGCAUUGUGGUUAGACGGAAUACGAAUUGUCAAAAAUAAUACACAGUCACGUAUAUUACCUUAUCCAGUUGAAAUUAAGAAAUUUGACAAUUCGCAAAUCGACACAUUAGAAAUUAUAAAAGAAUUCAAAAAUUAUAUGCAAUUAAGAGAUAAGGAACGGAAAAUAUUCGGAAUAACACAGGAUACAACAACCAGUGAAUAUUUAAUUGUAUGUGAUAAUUUUUAUUACAAAAGAGAUAUUAAAUAUGGAAGAUGUAAACAUUGCAAUAGAUAUAAUACUUCAAAAUCCUGGUGUCUAUCAUGUGACCCUUUUAAAACAACCCAAAAAUGGACUAGUGAAGAUGAUAACAUCGAUUAUUUUAUUAAAGAAUUACAACUUAAAAGUACGAUAUAUGAAGGUGUAAUUGAGUGGAUUCCGUUUAAUAAGUUAUCUAAUUUGCAAAAAAUGGAAUCCAAUUUUCAAGCAUUGUGGUUAGACGGAAUACGAUUUGUUAAAAAUGAUAUACAGUCACGUACAUUAUCAUAUGCAGUUGAACUUGCAAAAAUUAGUAAUUCGCAAAUUAACACACUAAAAUUUAUAAAAGAAUUCAAAAAUCAUGCACAAUUAAGAGACAAUGAACGUAAAAUAUUUGUACUAACAUGGGAUGAAAAAACUAAUCAAUGCAUGAUUGUAUUUGAUGAAUUUUAUUAUCGAAGGGACAUUGUAUACGGAAUAUGCACACAGUGCAAAAGAUAUAAUACUUCAAAAGCCUGGUGUCAGUCAUGUGACCCUUUUAAAACUACUCAAGGAUGGACUAGUGGAAACAAUGAUAUCGAUGUUUUUAUCAAAGAAGCACAACUUAAAAGUACUGAAUAUGAAAAUGUGAUUGAGUGGAUUCCAUUUAAUAGGCUGUCUAAUUUGCGAAGAACAGGGGUAAAAUUUCAAGCAUUGUGGUUGGAUGGAAUACGUAAAAUCGAAAAUAAUACACAAUCACGUACAUUAUCUUAUUCAGUUGAAAUCCAGAAAUUAAAUAAUUUACAAAUUGACACAUCAAAUUUUAUAAAAGAAGAUAAUGAAUGUAAACUAUACGGAAUAACACAGGACACUAAGACUGAUCAAUAUAUGAUUGUAUUUGAUGAUUUUUAUUAUCUAAGGGGUAUUGCAGUUGGAAAAUGUAAUCAGUGCGAGAGAAAUAAUACUUCAGAAGCCUGGUGUUUAUCAUGUGACCCUAUAAAAACUACUCGAGGAUGGGCUAGUGGAAAUAGGGAUAUCGAUAACUGCAUUAAAGAUUUUCAACUUAAAAGUACAAGAUAUGAGGAUGUAAUUGAAUGGAUUCCGUUUAAUAAGUUAUUUAACUUGCAAAAAAUAGGAGAAUCAAAAUUUCUAGCACUAUUAAUAGAUGGAAUACGACAAGUCAAAAAUAAUUCACAGUCACGUACCUUAUCAUGUUUUAAAAAAUAUAUUCAAUUGAGGAAUAAUGAAAGCAAACUAUAUGGAAUAACACGAGAUACAACAACGGGUCAUUAUAUAAUUGCAUUUGAUGAUUUUUAUCACAAAAGAGAUAUCAUAUAUGGAAAGUGUAUACGCUGUGAAAGAUAUAAUACUUCAGAAGCCUGGUGCCAGUCGUGUGAUCUUUUUAAAACCAUUCAAGGAUGGACCAGUGGAAAUAGUGAUAUCGAUGAGUGUAUUAAAGAGUUUCAACUUAAAGCUACUAAAUAUGAAGACGUCAUUGAGUGGAUUCCUUUUUAUAAGUUAUUAAACUUGCAAAAUAUAAGAGAAUACGAGUUUAGGGCACAGUGGUUAGACGGAAUACGAAAGGUCGAGUCACGUAAACUGUCAUAUUCACAAGUUAAUACAUUAGAAUUUGUACAGUCACGCACGUUAUCACAUUCGGUUGAACUUAAAAAAUUUGAUGAUUCACAAAUUGACGCAUUAGAAUUUAUUAAAAAAUUUAAAAAUUAUAUGCAAUUGAAGGAUAGUAAACUUAGAUUAUACGGAAUAACACAAGAUGCAUCAACUGAUCAAUAUAUGAUCGUAUUUGAUGGUUUCUAUUAUGGAAGAGAUAUUACAUAUGGAAAAUGUGCACAUUGCAAUAGAUAUAAUACUUCAGAUGCCUGGUGCCAAUCCUGUGACCCUUUUAAAGUAAUUCAAGGAUGGACCAGUGGAAGUAAAGAUAUUGAUGAUUGCAUUAAAGGAUUUCAACUUAAAAGUACAAGAUAUGAAGAUGUAAUUGAAUGGAUUCCAUUUAAUAGGUUAUCUAACUUGCACAAAAUAGACGAAUCCAAAUUUUAUGCAUUAUGGCUUGAUGGAAUACGUAAAGUCAAAAAAAAAGCACAAUUGCGUACACUACCAUGUUUAGUAGAACUUCAAAAAUUUGAUGGGUGUCAAACUGAUGCAUUAGAAUUUAUAAAAAAAUUUAAAAGUUUUGUUCAAUUUGAGAACAAUGGGCAUAAAAUAUUUGGGAUAACUCAAAAUGCGUCAUCGAAACAAUAUAUGAUUGUAAUUGAUUAUUGUAUUUCUAGGAGAGAUGAGAAAUACGGGGUAUGCAGAUGGGAUGGGCAUUAUAACACUUCGAGAGGCUGGUGUCAAUCGUGUGAUCCUUUUGAAAUGAAUCAAGUAUGGACAAGCGAAAGUAUUGAUGUAAAUAAUUGUAUCAAAGAGUUACAAUUUAUGGCCACUGAAUAUGAUAAAGUAAUAGAAUGGAUCCCUUUUAAUAGAUUAAAUAAUAUACAACAGAUUGGGAAAGGGGGAUUUGGUGAUGUUUUUUCCGCAAACUGGAUAGACGGAAAAAGAAAGGUUCUAAAUGACGGCAAAGGAUUCAUACAGUCACGAAUACAAUCUCACUUAGUCGCACUCAAGACAUUAACUAGUUCUUCGAAUUCAAUGGAUUUCUUAAGAGAAUUUAAAAAUCACAUGCGGUGUAGAUUAAUGGGGAGUAGCCUUGAAGUAUAUGGAUUAACCAAAAACACAAUUACAAACCAAUAUAUGAUAGUUCUUCAAUAUGCCAAUAAUGGCAAUCUUCGUCACUAUUUAGAAACGAAUUUUAAAGAACUUACUUGGAAAGAUAAAUUAUCACGAUUGAUGGAUAUAUCAAAAGAUUUGUCUCUAAUCCACGAAGCAAAAUAUAUUCAUUGCGAUUUACAUAGUGGAAACAUUGUGUUACAUAAAGAGGGAUCGUGGCUUGAAAGAUCAAAGACUUAUAUUAUAGAUCUAGGAUUGUCCCGGAAAAACGAAGAUACUGGAGCAUUAAGAAUCUGUAACGGAUUAAGACCAAAAUUUGCUUUAGAAACUCCAGAUUUUUAUGUCGAAUUUUCAGAACUGUGCAUGAACUUUGCUCCACAAAAACGGCCUACUGCUGAAGAAAUUUUUCAUAAGUUAGAAGAGUGGUAUCAUUUGAUUAAUGAGUUUGAUGAAACUAAAGAUUAUGAUGAUACUCAAGAGCUUGACAGCUUUGAGUUUGAUGAAAUCGAUGAAAUUGAUGAAUCAAAGGUAGAAAUGUUUAAUAAAUUCUUAGAAUCUGAUGAAAUAGUUAAAAAGUUGCCAAUGUCUAUGCAAAUACACCAAGAUUCUGAGUAUACAAGCAAAUUUGUUAAUACUGAUGUUGUUUCCGAACGGUAUUGGGAAG